GUUUUGUAUAUAUUUUUGGAAAAAGUUUCUUUUUCUGUGCUAAAUUUUUUGUCAAUUUUUUAUGUGUGCAAAUUUUGUUUAUAAUCCACAAUGGCAGUUGACGGAUACAUGGUAAACAACAUAACAUCAAAUGCUGAUAAUAAGCAAAAUGUUGUGCCCAUUGAAAAUUUUGUAGCAGUUACAAAGAAUAACAAUGUCAUCGUUAACAACAAUGCAAAUCUCAACAAUAAUAAUAAUGCGUUGAGUUGGCAUAUACCAAGGCCAUCAUUGAUAUCAUCACAAGAGAAUAGUGUUUAUACCUCAGUUGGUUCAUCGGUAGUUACUGAUUACCAUCAUCAUCCCCAUCCACCAAACAAAGGUGGACAACGAGGUGGUUAUCAGAAUUUUCGAACUGGUCGAGGUUCAACGUCUACACAGGGUUCUAGUUCAAGUAAUAAUAGUACACAGAGUGCCAAAUCCGGUUCAUUAUUAUUAACCGUAGCAAAUCUAGCCAAAAUUGAUCAAGAGCAAUUAAAAAUAGCCAAAACACAUGAUAAUAAGAUCAAUCAUCAUGAUCAACAUGCAAUUAAUUUACAGUAUUAUUUAGAACAACAAAAUCAAAAAAUUCAUAAUAUUCCAGUAAAUGGUAGUGAUGUCAUUACGUCUUCAACAACAAUCAAUCCAUUAAAUACAACAACAAUAAAUAAUAAUAAAUCAACAAAAGACAUUGAUACAUUAUCGAUAGCAAGUUCAACACAUUUUACUGUUGUCAAUGGUUUAGAUCGAUAUCGUAAUAAAAUUAGUCAAAAUAAUAGUUGUUGUCGUAAACAUAAAUUAACUGUAUUAACAUUAACGAUGUCAUCAAUAUUUAUGUUUGGAAUCAUUGUGGCUGUAUAUUUGUUUGAAAUGCGAGCAAUGCAUUUACGUAAUUCUUGAGUUUAAAUAACCGGAGCGCAUACUGAAAAUGGAACCGUCUAUUACGAAUUUAACGAGUCUUAAGUGUUAAUGCUCAAAACAUUUUAAAUUAUUAGAGUGUUUAAAACAGUAUAAACAAAAAAAUCGUAUUCUUAAUUAUUUAUAAUUUAUUUAUGUAAUUACUAACAUAGUUGAUUGUUACUGCCAAAAAUUAUAAUUUACCACCGUUUUUAUUUUGACGAAAUAUCCCGUUCUAAAAAAACUGUUUCAAUUUUUUUUUUCAUUAUAAGAAAAUU